GUCGGUUGCGAGGCGGCGGGUCCUUGCCCUUCCCCCGCCCCCUAUAAAAGGCGCCGCCGCAGUCGGGCCCGAGCGCCGCCGCCACCGCCUCCUCACGGUGCGAACGGAGCUGCCGCCGCCUCCUCCUCAAGAUGCCUUCAAUUAAACUGCAGAGUUCAGAUGGAGAGAUCUUCGAAGUUGAUGUUGAGAUUGCAAAACAGUCUGUGACCAUAAAGACUAUGCUGGAAGAUUUGGGAAUGGAUGAUGAAGGUGAUGAUGACCCAGUCCCUCUUCCAAAUGUUAAUGCAGCUAUCUUAAAAAAGGUGAUUCAGUGGUGCACCCAUCACAAGGAUGAUCCACCUCCUCCUGAGGAUGAUGAGAACAAAGAAAAAAGAACAGAUGACAUCCCUGUGUGGGAUCAAGAGUUUCUGAAAGUAGACCAAGGAACCCUCUUUGAACUUAUCCUGGCUGCAAAUUACUUGGACAUCAAAGGUUUGCUUGAUGUCACAUGCAAGACAGUUGCAAACAUGAUCAAGGGGAAAACUCCAGAAGAAAUUCGCAAGACAUUCAAUAUUAAGAAUGACUUCACUGAAGAGGAAGAAGCACAGGUACGUAAAGAGAACCAGUGGUGUGAAGAGAAGUGAAGUAUUUGUGCCUGAUACUCGAACACUGUAAGGAUUGUUCCAAAUACUAGUUGCACUGCCCUGUUCAUAAUUGUUAAUAUUAGACAAAUGCAGCAGCAAAUGAAGUUGUGUUAGCAGGAUAUUGUUCCCUUUGCAUGUGUAGUGGUUUUUUGAGUACAAAUCUAAAUCUUCUGAGUUUUUACUAGUGUAAUUGGAUGUCUUUUUACUUUGCAAAGAAUAAAAUUGAAUUAAGUGUGGAUUCUGUAUGGGAAGUAGCACUUAAGGGUAUCAUUUUCAUUACACUUUUAAACUAUUCAAGUCCAGUUACAGUGCUGAGGAUUGACUCUGUUGUAAAUAAAAACAUCUAUGAUUUCUUCCUCAAGAAGAGCAAAACACUUGUAUUUACAGGGUAUUGAUAGUUUCAGAAAGAAAAACAAACUAGAGUGUGUCUUGGGGAACUAGGUAAUGUAAAAAAAAGUUACUGGAUUUCUUCCAAAAACAUGGUGGAAAAAAUUAGUGUUACUUAAAGCUAUAUGAUUUUCAAGAUGGUUCUUGUCCUGCAUUUAAACAAACAAAAAAAAUGAAAUAUUUGACCACUUGCUUGUCCUGUUAGUCUUGCCUUAUAGACUAGUGAAAAUGUGAUCUAGAACUAAGCAAGCUCCUGACAGCUAAAUUUGAAUACUUCAGCCAUGUCUUGAAGACCUGCCUCUAGCUGGUAGCAAAUAAAGUGUGUUGCUUUAUGCACAGGAUGGGUGUGUUUUUAUACAUGUUACUGUUAAAAGUGGAACCCAGAUUUGACCAAAAAUGACUGACAUUACCAAAGUUAAUAUUAUUGACCUGUGCAUGCCAUUAGUGGCUGGUUUUUUAGGCAGUUUUAAAGAACCCUUGUGAUGUAGCUCUUGAAAACAUGGUUUCAUGUGUCCACAGGAAAUCUUAUGCCUCUGUAUGUGAUACUUCAGCUUGUAGAGACUUAAUUAUUGCAUACAAAGCUAAUGAAAUAUCAAGCUUAACUUCUUUGGACAAAGCCACUUGCAACUAGUUGAACAGUAACUGGUUUUCUGAUUUUUAUUUUUUUUUUUUUACAGUUCCCUUAUAGGGAGUAGGGGAUGGUUGUGUGGUAGAUCUUUGAGGUGUGCUCUUAGCUUGUAUUGCAUUCCAUUCUCUGUAUAAACCUUAGAGUAGAAUGAACCUUAAUAAACAUACUUAUCUCACUUUAAAUAUCGGUGUUUCACUUCUGAAUUAAUAAAGGGCUUUUAAACUUUC